UUCAUAAGCGCGGGAACGUUAGAUUACGGUGAAAAAACAUGAAGCACAAUUAUUUUGCAGUAAUUUUCCUCGUUUUCUGCUACUUUUUGCUCUUCUGCGUUGCUGAUGACGUCGUCGAACUACAAUGUCGUGCCACGAAAGAGUCCAAAGACGUCUGUUUGGUGACAAAAAAGGGAAAUUUCCAUGAAAAAAACGUCACAAUUGUCUCCGGCAAGGCUGCUGAAGUGAAGCACAUGAAAAUUCUCCGAGUCGAUUUGGGCAAAAUCCCCUCCGGAUUGAAGAAUUUCCGCAAAUUAGAGACUGUAACGUUCGAAUCGUGCGGCAUUUCGUCGUUGGAUGGCAUGAAAAACGUCAAAAGUGUCCAGCAAAUAUUCCUGAAUAAAAAUGAAAUAUUAAAAAUGGGCGAUGCCAAGUUCCAUGCGAAAGUCGUGUACAUCGAGGCACAAUUUAACAAGAUGGAAAAUGUCACAAGGAACGCUUUUAAGAACUUACCGAACCUGUAUUGGCUGGAUUUGAGCAAUAAUCGCAUCAAAAAGCUCCCGAAGAAGGUUUUUCAGCACAAUCCGGUCCUCACAUCGCUCAAUUUGAACAACAAUCGUUUGCGGAAUGUUCGUCAAGUGUUUCGGCAUCAAGAAAAUUUGAGAUUUCUUAGACUUGCGAUGAACCGGAUCACAAUUAUUCAAGCGGAUGACUUCAAAAACCUGAAAAAUUUGAGGGAACUUGACGUUUCGGGCAAUAAAAUCACGAGUAUUGACCCAAAAGCCUUCGAUGGAUGUCAAUCUUUGGUCAUGUUGAACCUCUCGAAGAAUUUUUUGAUGAAUUUUCAGUUCACGAUCGUCAGUAAAAGUUUGUCCUUUUUGUAUUUGAUGGAAAAUCCUUUACAAAACGUGACUUUGGACUACAAAGAGAAGCCUAGCAGACUCGUUUUGGAUGCGUCACGUGAAAAAAUCCAAAAUGAAACGCAGUUAAAGGUCAAAUUUCCACGAGGACUUCCAUUGGCGCACCUGAAUUUGGCGAAUACGAACUUGAAUAAUGUCAAUAACGUCGCUCGUGUGAAGGGACUUCAAAAGUUAUCACUCGCCAACAAUACCGCCAUUACCUCUUCAUCGCUAAUUUCGCUACUGACACUCACAAAUUUGCAGGAAUUGAAUUUGCAAGGCACCAAUUUGACCCCGGAGCAGCUGACAACCGUCUUGGAAAUGACAAAUUUGGUGUCGCUCGAUGUUUCUGGCAACCCCAAGUUGCGUGGCGUGACUUUUAAGCAACGUUCAAACUCGGUUCUGAGCAAAUUGGUCUUCAAUAAUUGCAAUUUGACGCAAUUGAAUGUCCCGGGAUUGCGAAAUUUCUUCACAAAACUGCAGGAAAUUCACAUCAGUGGCAAUAAUUUCACGUGCGAAUACCUAAAAGAGCUCGUGGCGAAGCUGCAUAAUGCCGGGAUACGAGCUCAUGUGAGUCUUAAUGAGCUGAAUAAGUGUCCGUGGUUUGCGCGACAAUAAUUUUUUUUUGUAUUUAAUCAGUUAGUGAUAAAAUUCCAACCAUAAA